UUGUUCAUAAUUGUUCGCAGCAAUUCUUUAACGAAGAUUUUCCUUCAGACAUUUCCAUUAACCUGCAAUAACUCCACGCAAUUUGACUGUCAAACGCCUUCCGAUACCCAGCGAUGUAUACCACUCGAGUGGUUGUGUGAUGGAUUAAAGGACUGCACAAACGGCCUGUUAUCCUUACAGGAUUGUCCUCUGCGAAGACCGAAGCGACUCGUACUCAAGACGGCCGGAAACUCCAGGGAUAGGUCGGCUGAAUGCGAACCCGGCUUGGUAAUGUGUGCUGACCACACAGCAUGCUUUCCAAAGCACUGGAUAUGUGAUGGAGAGGCUGACUGUCUCGAUGGAAGUGAUGAGAGCGACUGCGCAAUGUCUAAAGAGAAUUUCCUUGCUGAAGCCAUCACAGAACUCUGCCAUCCAGGCGAGCAUCGAUGCAGUGGAGCAUCGAAAUGUAUUCCUGUCAAUCGCACCUGUGAUGGUACUCUUGACUGCCCGGAGGGUGAUGAUGAGGGACCAUUAUGCAAAGAGUGCGAAGUAAGACGAACGCCGUGCGAGUAUCAAUGCGUCAACACACCUCUAGGCUUGCGAGAAAGUAAUUUAUUUUCGGUUCUCGCUGCAUUUGUCCCCAUGGCUCCGCUCUGA